AUGGACCUCCAUUUUGAGAAUCUGCCAGAUGCCGACCAUCCAGACUUCUCCAAUCUCAUUCACCCCUCACGGAACCCUAUCACACGGCAGCUGUCAUACAGUGCUGCACGGAUCUCUCCGAAUGACUUGUCGUCGCGUCGACAUGCUCCAUACGUGUCGUUCGGCGACAAUGGUGUCACCGCCAGUGGAGGCGCGUACGGCGCACUCAUGCGACUCUGCCGCUACAUUGACCGGCCCGACCUUCGCUCGAAAAUGAUCGGACUUGAAUUCAACGAUGAGGCGGAGGCAUGGUAUGUCUACUGGCGGGCAGCACAAUUUCUGCAAGACGCGCCACUGCCGAAGAGCGGGUUUGGGCUGCGAAUUCUGACUCCUCUCCCACAAGAGUCGCCGAAGCUGGAUUUCCUUGGUGAUCGAUGGCCGGUGAUCACCUAUCGCACAGGCGGUUUUCGAGUGACAGUGACGUUGUCGUGCCAGAACCAUAUUGUGGUGCAGCAUACCAGUAUACGGAAUGAAUCAUCCUCCCUGGGCCAGUUGGAGUUGCUUCUCGACCCGAACUUCAGAAUUCAGGAUUUGGAUUAUAUGGAGAAAAGGGAAAACCUACCGGCGCGCUAUAGGAAAGGGCCACACGGCUAUGGAAUCAUAGCAAUCGAGGACAAUCCGGAUUUGAAGCCCGAUGCGGAGCGUAUCUGCGUCCUAGUUGGACUCCUCAGGGAUGGUAUCGUCCAAAGACUGGACUUUGAGUAUGCUGCCGAAAAUUCAGAGGAUGCAAUGGACGGGGCCCAUGUGCGACCAAUCAACUUCAGUGAGCAACUAAAGGAAAAUACUUCCCUUGAGCUUACUGCAGUAUUCAAGUUGCAAACCACCACGCUUAUGGCCGAUUGGAAAAACUUCAUCCUGACCAGCUCCGAGCUGGAUUUCGAUUUCGACCAGGAUCACACCCUCGAGACUGCCAAGUCACCAUUUUUGGCAGACGAGGACUUGAGCUGGCAUUUUCGUCGAAAUCUGCAGCACAUUCUAUCGGUGUGUAGCGUCCCAAUCAAGACUCCGACUAUUGUGGAGAGCCCUGCAUCCCCUGCUUCCGCGAGUGGUGCCCACGGCCCUAUGAUCACGCUGAACACACCCGACGAUCAAGAUUAUAUCCUCCAUGGCAGCGUUGAAGCCGAGGUUGACGCUAAGGAUAUGGGCGCCGUAGCCCUGACUUGCGGAGAUUUUGGUGACCACCUGGUCAGCGUAUCAGGGACUUAUUUUGCAUUUUCUUUCAUGUUAAGGAUGUACGAUCGCCUGCCUCGUGCACCCGCCACGCGGCAGCGCAUCCACGCAACGUGCAGGGGCCACCUCAAGUGGCUGUCCUUGCUUGAUCCCAGUCGGGCAUCCGUCUCGAAUUUCUGGGUAGACGGCACCGUCACUGGCCACUCCGGCGCGACAGAUCUGCCACCAAACAGCCCUGCCAACAUGCCGAGCCAUAUCAUGAAAGCGACAGAAUACCUGAAGAUUUUCGAUCGAAGGACAGAGUUGAUCUUCGUCUGUGGCUGGUUGGGGCCCUUCAUCGUGGAGUGGUUUCAGCAGCUCAGCAAAACAAAGAACCGCCUGACACCUACAUGGCAACACCUGGACAGCUCCGAGAUUCCUUUCUAUCGCCUAAGUGAUCACGUGUGGAUUUGGAGAGCCCUACAGGAGAUUGAGGAUUUGAUCGAAAAAGUGGAAAAGGCGCAGAAAAUGAUGCCCAACCUGACACUGACGACAUUCCUGCGGGUGAAAGAACAUUUGCCCAGUAAAGGGACACGAAGGCUACAUACCGGAGCGACACUGAACUGCACUGCUGAAGAGAUCAGAAAGCAGACUCUGCGACGCUUCACCUUGGAUAAUGAUAUACUGAGGGAGAGAAUGCUCAGUGUCACCCGUAGCGCCCGUGAAACUCGCUUUUUGUUACACUCUCGAGACACCAUCCUGUAUUACGGGCUCGAAUGGGGUUUUUUCAAAGGGGAGGAAGAAAUGUGGCAACAGCUUAUUGAGGCGCAAACCCGACAUGACGAGCUCGCCAACGAUGAGACUCAAUGGGACAAUCCUCUCCGAUACGGAUUGGCGAUGGAAAUGGCCGUUCAUGAGCACAAGCUUGACCGAUAUUUUGAGCCCCAGGAUAUGCUUGAGCAUGCUAAGCGCGUUAUUCUGGACUCUUCAUCCGAGAAUGGUCUUUUCCCCGGUCAGAUUGAUGGCUUCAGCAAGGACCCAGCGCUCUUCGACAGAGAAAUAUUUCGCGAUUUCUACUUCCAUGUGGGUUUUGAACUUCCUUAUAUCCUGUUCCGAGUCGCCCUUCGAGCAGACUCCGCAACGUGGGAUGCCGAAACGGCGCCGUAUGAGACACCAGCUUGGACCAAACCGGAGAACAACCCAGCUUCAGGGGGGUUCGCCCAACACCAACGUACAGGCACUCAGGCGCCCCGGCCCACCGGGCUAAGAAGAAGAAUACCUGAGAUGCUUCCAAUGGAUACCACCAACAGUGUUCUGGAUGGAUGGGCGAAUAUUGCACCAGAUGGGCGGUUUUAUCAGGCCCAGAGAAGUCUCAAGCGGCAAAAUCCGUACGGCAGAUUAGUUGACUUAAGUAACAUUGUCGAGGUAACUGAAGAAUGGCUGUACAAGUAUCCAGACUUUGUCGAUUUUGAGCCCCCGAAGGAUGAGAAAGAAUUGAAGGAGAUCAUGGAUGCUUCACCUCCAAACAUACAAGAGGGAAUGUUUGAUCCAAAUGAGCUCCGCUGGGAUGACUCGAGGAUCGGUGGGCGUUAUAGCAUCUUGGUUGAUGUCAGAAAGGGGCGAAAACAACGCAAGUGGUCCCAAGAGGAGAAGUCUAUCCGCGAGAGUUACGAUUCGUCUCUAUAUCUGUGGCAUCAUCUUCUGCUUGGACGAAACGCGCAGGAUAGUAAGAAGCGGCUCAUUUACCUCAGAUCUGCGGAUCAUGUCCGGGCCAUGAUGUGUUAUAUUGCCUCCCCCGAUUCGGAUCGCUCCCAUGUUGCCCAUUUCUUCGACCGGCAUGCCAAGAUCGACGUGCACUUUUACGAUGAUACCGCCGUAGCCGUCAAUAGUUGGGUGACUGAAGUUCAUUUCCGCUUCUACCAGGCAGUGCAGGGUGAGGUGGCAGCGUCCCCGUCGUCGAUCAGACAUCUUAAAUCACAGACUUGCCGUGUACUGGGACGCGAGGCGCGCAUUGUCGACGCCGUCAUCGGAUUUCGUAUUGUUGGUGAUUUCUUUGACCGAUACUGGACUUGCCAUGUGAUAGAUCACUUCGCCGACUCCGACGAGCAGUCGAUUACGAAGGAGCAGUUCGACUCUGGUACUCAUUGGCAGCAACGGAAAGUUUUGGAACUUGUCCUCUUCGACCGCAUUCUACACACUGUGUGCACCAGCAUCGAUGGCAUUCUGAGAGCUGUGGAAAUGGGCCCGACGGAUAAAUCCGAUGCGGGCGACAUGUAUUUUUCAAAGGACAGUUUUGAAGAUCGGCGUCCUGAGGACUUACGGGAAUGUUUUCAGGUGCUGAUGAUUCUCAAAAACAAUCUUGCUAGCCUCCACGGCCUGAUUGAUCAAUGGAUGCAUCGAGAGAGCCUCCAGGGUCGGGAGAGGCCUCGAUGGACCCGGAACGAUGAGCAGAAAUACCGGAAGGCCAUCAAACAAAAUCUAACCUCCCUGGAGGCUCAUGUCCGUGAUUUGAAUGCGAAGGAUGCGCGGAUCGAGUUCCUGAUCACGUUAGUGAACAACGCACAGGAAGCCAUUCGGUCGAACAAGUCGCUCAAGGAGGCGGAGAAUAUCACUCUGUUCACCUACGUCACGGUGUUUUUCCUACCCGUCGGGCUGGCCGUCAGUGUCUUCAGCAUGGAUCAACCCCCCGAGCGCGAUGUGCUGGUCUCGAUGGUGAUCACGGCUAUCAUAGCGUUGGUCGUCACUGUGGCUGUGCUGUGGUGUGUACUCAGCCAUCUGGUUCCUGUGUAUGUGGGGCGUGCCUGGCAGCUAGUUCAAGGCGGACGGCCAUGGCAUCUGGGUGGGAACAAUGCUUCGCUCGUAGAUUUGGACAAACACAGCACCCGUGGAACAACUAGGUCCAAAUGGUCGCAGUCCUCGUUUUAUCCGCGUUCAAGAUACACAGCCUCCCGGGAGGCGAUUGAUGAUCUCGAACGAGGGGAUGUGGGAGGCUCACUCCGGACAAAUCGCUCAAAAAGCGAGAACGGGGUCGCAGUUGAGAUUGAUGGCGAUUCUCAUUCUCAGGUGGACAAGCGAUGA